UUUAAAACACAGUACUUAUAGCUAUACUUAUCCUGCCGUCUGCAAAAUUCUGCAAUAUUACCAAUUGAAGCAGUAUUCGUAAAUUCACGAGUACUUUAUUUUUAGUUCCUAUAAUUUUCAAAAAGAAAAUUAAAUUGGCUUCAUUCUUCUUGUUUAUAUCGUCAGCCAAUUUAUAAAGGUCUUGCCACUAAAAGUUGGAUUGUACCGCAGAGGACAUUUAUAAAAAAGGAAAGAUACUUAAUCUUUUAGUGAAAACUCGUUUUCUCCAAAACUUGCACUUGGAUUUCUUGCAUCAUGAUUAAUUUACCUAAUCCCUGUAUCAUCUUAUCAGAUGGUGUUGAGUAUGAUGUAACCAACGGAGUUUUGGCUAGGCCUGAAUAUGCCGAAGUUGUCCAUCGCUAUCAAGCGAAGGAUGUUGGUGACCUUGUCAAGAGCAAUGGUAGUGGCAAUCAGAAAGACUCACUGACACUUCGUGCACUUUUGGAAAGUGACUCGAAACCCGUCAAAAAUAAAGAGUUUAGUGAUCUAGUCGAUCAAAACAUUGGUGACGGUUAUGGUAACGAUUUUGUUGUUAAGCCUACCAAUCUCGACAAGGAUUAUGAAAAGAAUCGAUUUUUGGAUUUGAAGAAACCUAUGUUGCCCCAGAUUCUUUUUAGCAAUAUGUCUAAAGAAGUGUAUUUGGACCAAGUUCAUCGACCACGUCACUACAAUGGAAGCGGUUCAGCUCCUUUGUUUGGUAAUUUCUUGGAACCAUUUAGUAAGACUCCUUGGUAUGUGAUUCCUAUGAUUUGGAUCCCUUGCAUUACCUAUUUCUUUAUGGAGUCUUGUACGGUUCUUCCAUUUCCUGUCGCCUUGUUAAUGUUUUUCGUCGGCAUUGGUGUCUGGACCAUCGUGGAAUACUUUAUGCAUCGUUGUCUAUUUCACUUGGAUGAGUAUACCCCUGAUCAUCCCGUAUUUCUUACUCUCCACUUUUUAUUCCACGGUGUUCAUCAUUUCUUGCCAGCUGACAGAUAUCGCCUCGUUAUGCCUCCGGCUCUUUUCAUAAUCUUUGCUACGCCUUGGUACCGUUUGGUUCGUUUGUUCUUCCCUUACCAUUUGGCCAUUGCUGGCUUUUCUGGUGGUGUCUUUGGUUAUGUCUGCUAUGACUUGACUCACUACUUUUUGCAUCAUAAGCGCUUGCCUCAAGGAUACUUCACUCAAUUGAAGACAUGGCACUUGGACCACCACUACAAGGAUUACAAAACCGCCUUUGGAGUCACCAGUGCAUUUUGGGACCGCGUAUUUGGGACUAUUGGACCCUCUUUGAGUACUCAAGCAGCCCCUGCUGACACCGUCAAAGCUAAGUAAGCAAAAUCUUUGUUUUAUAGAGUGGGCUUCUUGUUUGAGAGCUAAGCUAUCCUCUGUGUUGGUUAUUGUGCCAACGCAGCAGUACAAUGUAAUUUUAAGUCUUUGGACAGUAAUGACUUAUUAUCUUGUAUGAUAAUCGCCGGGUGGAUUAUUUUCCUAUGUCAUUAUUUUACCAAUCAAAACAGCUUUUCGUUAUUCAUUGAUUCCCUCUUUUUGUACGUUUUACUACCGCCUGGUGGCCUAAUUAAAUUAUUCUUAGUGUUCUAUUUACGGUUUCCGCGGGUGAGAGCAUUGAUUUUUAAAAAUCCUUCCUGAGCAAGGUCUGCGAAACCCUCCUGUUUUUGUUUUUGUCCUUAUUAUUAUUGAUUGAGUUAUUGUAUGAAGUUUAUCAGGUUCUUCCUCAGUAAGUAUAUUAAAAGAAUAAUAUUCAU